AUGGCAUCACAACUUGCCUCGCAGCUGCAGAAGUUACAGCAGCGGCCUGUAGGAGACAAACGACUGUCGCAGUCGUUUUUGUUUGAUGCCAGCGAGGCGCGUAGUUUCUCACGGGAGCAGAUUCAUCAACUUGCCGUUCAUGGCCUACAGACACUUGUUGCGAUCGAUAACCGCUUCCACCCAUUCAUUGAGGAACUGUUCCACCCGUACAAAACCCGCGUGGAGCGAAAACUUUUGAGCUUGGAAGAAAAUCGGGCCCUUGACGCAACCCUCGAGCAAUUCCUGACACUGCUCAGUCCACACAUGUUUUUGACGGCGGCCCACCAGGUCUUCGAGUACCUCGUGCGUGUUCACGAGGUUCAUGUGCACAAUGUGGAGGCAGUGCUUCGGACUUUUCUCCCGUAUCAUGAUCAUAGUCUCUUUGCUCGCGCGGUGAUGCUGCUGGAUCUGCGUGAUACAGGCUUUGCAUUCCUUGAGAGAAACCAGGAGCACGGCGCUCCCCUUUUGCGGGAACACCUGAUACUGGCCUGCGCAGAGAGUCGGAAGGCUCUGCGGAUCGUAUGCCUCACUCUUGCCAUGUCUGUCCGCAUGAAAGUCCACAACAGCGCGGCAAAUGCUCUUUUUUCCGGUGUGGCGGUGCGAUUGGCUUCGCACCCCGAUGCGGAGGCGUUGUGGCGUGUUUUGUUGCCUUUUAUCGUGGAAUUCCUCAGUGGUGCGGUGUCAGGAAGCGAGGAGGGAGGCGCGCAACAGGAGUUGCGGCUGCAGGAAGAUACCCAGGGUGGCAAUGCCGCGUUGCUGCUUCCGAGCCGGGAAGUGGUGUGCAGCGCUCUCGUUGUUUUGGCUGCGUGGAGCAAUGAGGUGCAGCUUUCCGUGCCGACACUAGCGACUGUAGUCAAGCCCAUUGCUCGAUUUUUAACAAGAGCUGCAGAUCAUAUGGUUGCUGCAUCAUUGUCGUCGUCGUCUUCUGCUGUUGUUGCUGCCGUUGUGCCAACGAGCGACUUGUUGGCUGUCCUUGACCUUCUUUUCUAUACCCAACGGACAGCCGUGACGCAAGUGACUUUUGUCCCGCAUGUCCAAUUGCUACUGGCGUUGCCAUGGAAGCAGUGGGCGCCAUGGAUCACAGCCGCUGCAGAGGAGGCGGCUAACGCUGGCGGUGGAAUGUAUGACUCGCUCAUUGCUGUCUUGCUUCGCCAGUGCCUUCAACGACUGUGCGUGGCCCAUUCACUAGAGUCUGUCGCCCCUGAUUUACUGCAUUUUGUGCACUGUGCCGUGAAUGAUCUCCCGCUUACGGAGGAGUUGGUGGCGGAAGUGAUUGAAGCUAUGAUGGCAUGCCAUGUACGGUAUUCCGCAUCGGGGAACCGUGAUCCAGAAAAGACGAAUAAGGAGGAGGAGGAAGAUGAAGAAAAUACGGCGGCGGAGGCUCAUGGAAGCAGAUCCAAAGGGGACUCGGUGGUCACAACGUGGAUCAGGGCAUUGGAGCGUCGUUUCGGUCACGUGUUUGACGCCACUUUAUCGCGGCUGUUGAACGGCGUCACUACACAGGCCGCGACGACCGCAUUUCUUGCACAACACCUCAGUGGCACUCGCUAUGAGUUGUUGGAGGUGCAGGGAUCCUCCGGCAGGACCGAGCGACUUCCUCUCUUCUCUUGUUUGUUACAUCCCCUGCCGGAGGUACGGCUGCUGGCGGCGAAGGCGAUGGAUAGCAUGACGGUACAGCAGCUCAUCAAAUCGUCGUCGGCUCCCGGAAGCGGCGGCGGAGGCAACUCACUGCUGGAGCUCCUCGAGCACGUCGUGCAGUACGAGCGGUUCCGUAUUGUGGCAGAACAGUUUCUGCGUACGGCCGCCACGACGAUGGAGAAAUUGCUCGCGUUGUUGGUGAACGGGGAGGCUGAGGAGCUGACGGUGACGAUGAUGGCGGCACCCGACAGGGGCUUCUCUUGUACGGAGCAGGACGUCAUUAUUCAACACCUGCGGAACAUUCUCCGUUCGCUGUGGUUGAUGGCCACGCAACAUGGCGUUUCUGUGCAGAAGGACUUUCUCGGUCUUGCACUGCAACCACUUUGGCGGUUUGUAGAGGCCCGCCGCUUAAAGUCUUCGUCAGGGAAAAGGAGGAAACACGAACAUAAAAGCAGCAGUGAGACCGAUGCCUUUCAUGACUUUAUCAGGGGGUUGGCACUCUACUACGUGACGCUGCAAUAUGUGGAUGCGGUGCAUCAGGAAUCGACAGGGGAAUUCACGAAUGAGACCUCGGAGGAAAGGUCGGAAGCAGCGCGUCAGCUGCGUGAGCUGAUUGUGGAGUUGGAGAGGCGAUUGACCGCUGUCGUGCCAGAGAUGUGUCGAACGUCUGAUUUUUGCACCGUUGUGGCAGAAGGCGCCGCAUCAAAUGCCGAGAAGAAUGAGGCGGCAAGCGAUGUUAGCAACGAUGAGGCUAAUGGGGAACAGGACGGCAAGAAGGCGGUGAAACGGACGGAGGGGCCCAAACAAGUGACCAGCAGUCCCACCGCCACUGGAGGAGUUGUCAAGAGCGGGUAUCUUUCAGUAUUUGAAUGUGUUCCACUUUUGGAGUUGCUGCGGGCGGAGGCUCAUGCGCAGCUGCGGGCGGCGUUAUCGCGGCUACAGGGCAAGGCAGGGCAGGGGGAGCACCGCUUCUCGCGUGAGUCGAGGUCAACGAUGAUGGAGUGCUGCUUGGUAUGUGCGUCACACUUGGCAACGUCUGAGGCAUCCGAGGCGGAUGCCGUGAUUCGGAUGCUGCUAGUUUUUUUUGUCGGGGAAAACAACACCACCACUGGCUCAGGCACGAAAGCCGAUGACAGUUACUUAGCGAGAUUGCGGGAGGCACAACGUGCGGCGUUGCGGCAGGUGAGGGAGCAGGUUGGUCGUGGCGCGAAGAACAGUCUGGUGGCCCCAUACCUGCCGAAGGAUGAAUUGACAGCGGCUAUGGGGACGGCUGUGCGCUGCAGCUUAGAAGUGCGCCUGAGGAACGACAGCUGCACGUGUGAUGGGGUGGCGGUGUGGGAGCGCAUGACUCGCCUCCUUGGCUACUUAAGUACGCCGUUGCCAGCUGUGGCUCUGAGUCCCAUGCGUCUCCCACCGGUUUAUUUAAGACUCUUGGAGCCAACAGAUGCUGCUCGCGAAGAGGAGCGCUUUCCAGUCGACUGGUUCAGUCUUGUCUACACGUCGGUAUUCCGGACCCGUGGUUGCGUUUCAGCGACGGAGACGCAGCAGUUUUCACUGUCGGCCUUGUCCCUCACGCUUCUCUGUCCACUUGCCGCACCAACGAGUCGCAGGGAAUCUCUCCUGCAGGAGAUUCAGAACAUAGUUCUCACUGCAACGCGAGAAAAGGGUGACGUCAGCGGAGUCAAUGGUGCGACGACUACUGCCGCGCAGAUCUCCGUGGAGUUGGCGUUGCGGGUGGAACACAUUUCUGCCACUACGCUCAGCGCCAUCAUCGAGUCGAUGGCUUGCGAGGAGUCCCGCCGCCCUCCUACGCGUGGUGCCGCUGAACUGCUGUGCCGCAUGAUGGCCAGGACGUGUGGGAAACAGAAGGAGUUGGAGCCAAUAGUGCCGUUUUGUCUCUCCUGUCGGGCACUGGAACACUUUUUCCCUCUUCGGGGCAAAGCCGCUCGCGGUGAGGGGGCAACAAGCGGCAUCGCAAUGGGCAUCCUUUUGCCGGCGCUGAAAUCCAUCCUGACGACGGGUGGCAGCAUUAGUAACACCACCGCCAGCAGCAGCAACAACAACGAAACUGCCGCCAAUGACAUUCCCGCCGCGGCCGUGGCGGUGAGUUCUGCAGCUGCGGAUUUCUUGCAUGCUGCAUUUUUGCGCGCAGAACUUGGAACGCCGUCGGACGAUGGCGAAGAUGCAUGUUUGCAGCUUUGCCUGGCUCUCAUCCAACACCCGUUUCUCCAUGUCGUUGGUGGGCGUGCCCGUCCUGUGUAUCGUCACGCUCUUACCGCCUUUGCCAACGCCCUGAGCCGCGGGUUGGAGGGACGAAAGUCCAACCCUGUGCUAUUCAUUCCACAAGGACGGAAAGGUGAGUCAUCGUCGACGUCGAUAGCACCUUCACGUGGCGGUAACAAGGCAUCCAAUAGCGAGGAGAAGUAUGCGCAGCACCUCGCCGCUACGGUUUCCCACGCCUUACUGAGCAAUCCCGCGUCUCUGAACCGUCUCGGUGGUGACGCGACACUUCUCCUUGCUGGGACACUUGGCGGCUACUACCGUCUCUUCCUGCCGUGGGUGUCGCGGCUUCUUCAGCAGCCUUCCCCGGAGCUGUCGGUCGUGGUGGAUGUGAUGGAGGCACUCGCGGCACCGGCGACGGAGAUGGCGGAUGCGUGGGAACCACCAUCGUGGUGUGCUUUGUAUAACCCGUUGUCGUAUGCGGACGUGCAGCGUCUUUUACAGUUGUGUGGCAAAGUAUGGAAUAGUUCCCUGGGCGGGAAGGAGGGAUGGUGCCCGCGAAACAAGGAUGCCCUUCUUGCACUGCGUUUGUUUUGCAGUCUCAUCACUGUUUCCCCGUCUGUUCAUUUUGACGACAAUGACGAUGACGAUUCUUCGCCGUCACUGUUCACAGUCAUUGAUGGAAUGUUGGAGACUUUCCCUUUGAGCGGUUUACUCCCGCUUCUUGCGGAGGCGGACGAUUUGGGCGAGCCGCAGUUCCGCCGCCAGGUGUUUGUGUAUAUUCGCAGUCUGGUGAACCUUUGCGUGUCGUCACCGCAGGCGUUGAAUGAGGGGCAAUCGCAUGGCGCUGCUCGUAUUACUCGAACGCUCGUGAGAGAGUGCGUCACAUUGAUGGCAGCGUUGCUCGUACCCGAUGUUGCGGCGGCAGGAGACGAAGAGGGAAGAGAAGGAGAAGAGGCGACAACGUUGUCUCGUCACCGAAUUGACGUCAUCACCGAGCUCUUGCGUGUUGUUUCCCCUUUGUUUGUGCCGGCACCAUCGAUACCUGUCUCUGGGCCGGGGGGGUCGCGUGUAGCCGGACGCACGGCGCUUCAUAUCCCCGUUGUGGCGCUCCUCAUCCGCCUGGAGGCUGUCGACUUUGCCUCCGCACACCACCGGUACGAAAGUGCGAUGGACGUGUGCAGCAGCCUCCUGGAGGGCUUCGACGUGCACACGCAGCUCAGCUGCCUCACACAAAUGAUGCACCUUCUGAUCGAUCCACACGAGCAGCUUUCUCUUGCGGCGGCGCGGCGGAAUGGGGAGGAGGAAGAGGAAGAGGAGGAGACUGCGGUCAUUAAACUUUUCCGUAAGUUUGUGAAACCAAACCAAGUGAUCAAUCGACAAGAGAUGAUUUUGCAUCUUAUCAACACCACCGUGAAAUCCGAGGCCUUUUUGAGUGGGUUCCUUGAGUUGCAGCAUCACCAGCAUGCCUCUCGUAGUUCGCAUGCAAAGCUGGAUGGGGAAGAGAAUGAGAAGGAAGAGCGUGCAGCGGUUCUGACGGGGUCGCGCACAAACGAUGAGUGCAUGGCGAUGUUAGUUGCUACCCUUGAACUCUUUGCGCACUACGCGGAGCUUAACGCUGCCACAGAGAAUGAUAUAAUGGUUCCCGUGUCAGUGAAUGGAGCGAAGAAGGGAACAGAGAUGCAGGAAGGGUUGCCUGAAUAUGGUGAGAAAAAGGCCUUCACAGUGUUGUUGGAACUGCUCGCCGGUAACACUCUGGCAUGUGUACUUGCGGGUAUUAAUGAGGCGACCUUUGUGGCCUGUCUUGAACGACUUCUCACGGAUCAACGUGCGGCACUGCAGCAGAAGGGACUGGAGGUGUUGCUGGACCGCCUGCACCAUGCGUUGCCGACGGUGGAGAACACACUCAGUGAGUCGGAAGUGGAGGAACACCGGAAACGGCUGCGUGAUCCAAAGCAAAAGCUCACAUUGAUGGAUCUUGUUCGUGUGAAAGCCCGUCCGCUGGCAACAAAGCGAUCAUUUGCACUUUUUUCACAUCUUUUUUCACUGAUGCGUGCGUCUGUGGACUGUGCCUCAACACAUUCAGCUGGAGUGGAUUACUUGCAUCCGCUUCCGCUUAUUGUGGGUUGCAUGGAGGAGCUUGUGCGCAUUAUCAGUAGUGGUGGGAGUUUGCAGGCGGAGAAGACAUUACUGAACGUUCACCGCGCGAACCGUGUGACGGAAGCCACAUUGUCCAAGCUAUUUGGGAACAAGGCCCGCGUACAGUCUGUGCAUCGGUGGGUAGAGGAAAUUGUUACCGUAUUGCCGCUCAUUCUUUCCCGGGCAGGUACAGGGAUGCCUGCAGAGCGAACAGUAGCCACCGGUGGAGACACAUUUGCUUCAUCGAGGAAAGAACAUGCACUGCUUGCUGCUGCCGCGCUGUUGACGGCACUUGGGACGGUCUGUCAAGUGAUGGGGACGGCCUUCACAACGCCACACAGCAACAACAUUCUUCAGGCCGUGGUAGAGGUGGCGGUGUUUGCCGUGGUGCGUGUUGCUCCUGUUGUUUCCCGCAGUGAGACCGGGUCUCUUCUACGUCAGGCAUCGCUUGGAUGUUUGUUGCGCGUCUUUCCGUCGUGUUGGCUUAUGUGUCAGCCGUAUCUUUCACGUAUUGUUUUUGCGGCAACGCACCUGCACAACGUGGAUGACACAGAGACAAAUUACCGCAGUGCGGAGACAUUAGCGAUGUUAGAGGCGGUACUUGAGCCCCACCUGUUUAUUGAGGCCUGCACGGAGUGUUUGCGUGGCGUCACGGUGGACACGGACACAAAUUUGGGCAGGAGGCCCAUUCGGGUGCGUGUGGACUCACACUCCUUUUUCUUGUUUUACACCAGCGUGCGGCGACGUGUGGAAGGUCUGAAGCGGGAGGAGCUUAUGCACCUCCAUGUGCUCGUCGAUGGGGCAACGAUCAAAGAGAACUUUUGGCUUGCCUCUCUUCACGCACUCGCCACUGCGCCGUCACUUCCGUCAGGUGACAUUGUGCAGCCGGUGCUGGAGGCCUACAUGGCAUUUUUCCUCAAGUUUAAGGCAAAGCAGUGCGUACGGUACCUCUCGACCGUUGCCGAGUGGGCGUUUGGCGGUGCCGCCGAACAUUUUCUCAAUCGUGUAGAGAAACAACAACAACAGAAGGAUGAAAUGGAGGCUGAAGGGGACACGCGUGAGAGGGAUGACACAGCGUUGGUGCCCCGCACAACCGUUCACGGUUGGGUGCUUUUUUACGCUCUAUGCAACCACAUGUUGGAGAAACUGGGGUCCAUCAUGGAUUUUGGUUUUCCUGUUCUGCUGCCGUAUGUUGUUGGGACACUGACAGGAUACUGCUCCGCCACGCAACACGCCAUGCAACACGCGGCGGGUCUCAUUGCGCUGACACUAGAAGGAGCGCUGGAUUGCGUGCGCCGAAUGGCGCUCGCGCAGACGGCUGGGCCUGAUCAUGACCACAGCGUACCUAUGGACAACUACUUGGAGACGCCGGAGGUGUUUACUUCCGUCAUGCCGGCGGUGGUGCGGCAGUUAUCAAACCUGUCGUACUUGGCGGACGCCACACACGACUAUGCCUUCCGUGCGGAGCACCAUGUCGUUCCCGCCGUGCGGGCCCUGUUUCAGUCCCUCACAUCGUCCAAACUGCAGAGCAGGACGCAGAACGAGUUGCUGAAGGCACUGCGUCACCCGAACCGUCAUGUGCGACGCAUGACGCUUUUGUGUCUCGACGGUAUUUACGCCGAUGGCGGGGACGAGUUGGCAGCGCGGUUGAUGGCUGAGAUGUUGCCCGCCGUUGUGGAGAUGACUGAAGACCGCGAUGAUGAUGUUGUCGAGCAGGCAAGAACACUCUGCAACAAUCUGUCGGCGAUCACGGGGCAGGACGUGCUGUACGCCAUGAGCUCUUAG